GAUAGAUGGGAAAAGGAGGUCCCUUGGGGGAGCCCCAAUCCUUAACUGAAUUCAAAGCUCCUUUACCAAAGCGCCGCAGAAGACAGGGCAGAGGUCAGAAAUCUCAAGACUGCUCAGCAGGGUGGCCCUAGAUGGGCGGGGUCCCGUGGUAGAGGCGGGGAAGAGGGAAGGACCCGAACCAAGCACCAACCCCAGCUCUGGCCCAUACCAGGAAGUGCUGGGUAGGGGGUAGAGGAAGCCGAGUUGACACCGAAGACAGGAUGGUGGCGCCUUCCUUGAAACUUCAAGACCUAAUUGAAGAGAUUCGCGGGGCCAAGACGCAGGCCCAGGAACGGGAGGUGAUCCAGAAGGAGUGCGCUCAAAUUCGGGCUUCCUUCCGUGAUGGGGACCCUGUGCAGAGGCAUCGCGAGCUGGCCAAACUGCUCUACGUCCAUAUGUUGGGCUACCCCGCCCACUUUGGACAGAUGGAGUGCCUGAAACUGAUCGCCUCCCCGAGAUUCACAGACAAGAGGGUGGGCUACCUUGGUGCCAUGCUUCUAUUGGAUGAGAGGCAUGAUGCCCAUCUGCUCAUUACCAACAGCAUCAAGAAUGACCUGAGCCAAGGGGUUCAGCCAGUUCAAGGCCUGGCCCUGUGUACUCUGAGUACCAUGGGCUCUGCGGAGAUGUGCCGGGACCUAGCCACUGAGGUGGAAAAGCUGCUGCUGCAGCCUAGCCCCUAUGUGCGUAAGAAGGCCGUUUUGACCGCAGUGCACAUGAUCCGGAAGGACCCUGAGCUGGCCAGCGUCUUUCUCCCACCUUGCGCUGCACUGCUCCGUGAGCGCCACCAUGGCAUCCUACUGGGCACCAUCACGCUGAUCACGGAGCUCUGUGAAAGAAGCCCAGCAGCCCUCAGGCACUUUCGCAAGGUAGUGCCCCAACUGGUACAGAUCCUCCGGACUCUGAUGACAACAGGAUACUCGACGGAGCACAGCAUUUCUGGAAUUAGCGAUCCCUUCUUGCAGGUCCAGAUACUUCGUCUGCUUCGGAUCCUGGGACGGAACCAUGAAGAAAGCAGUGACACCAUGAACGACUUGCUGGCCCAGGUUGCCACCAACACAGACACCAGCCGAAAUGCAGGCAACGCGGUCCUGUUGGAGACAGUGCUCACCAUCAUGGACACACACUCUGCGGCUGGCCUCCGGGUCCUAGCUGUUAAUAUUCUUGGCCGUUUCUUGCUCAACAACGACAAGAACAUUAGGUAUGUGGCCCUGACCUCGUUGCUACGGCUGGUACAAUCUGAUCACAGCGCCGUGCAGCGUCACCGGUCCACUGUGGUGGAGUGCCUGCGGGAAAAAGACGCUUCGCUUAGCAGGCGGGCCCUGGAGCUGAGCUUGGCACUGGUGAAUAGCUCCAACGUACGAGCCAUGAUGCAGAAGUUGCAGGCUUUUCUGGAGUCCUGUCCCCCUGAUCUCCGGGCUGACUGUGCUUCGGGCAUUCUGUUGGCUGCAGAGAGGUUUGCCCCCAGCAAGCGUUGGCACAUAGACACCAUCCUGCACGUGCUGACCACGGCAGGCACCCAUGUGAGGGACGAUGCAGUGGCCAACCUGACGCAGCUGAUUGGGGAGGCCCAAGAGCUGCAUGUCUACUCCGUACGCCGCCUGUACAGCGCCUUAGCAGAGGACAUCUCCCAGCAACCACUGGUUCAGGUGGCAGCCUGGUGCAUUGGCGAGUAUGGGGACCUCCUGGUGGAGGGCAACUGUGAGGAGACAGAGCCUUUCCAGGUGGAAGAAGAGGAGGUGUUAGCACUACUGGAAAAGGUGCUGCAGUCCCACAUGUCCCUGCCAGCCACCCGAGGCUAUGCCAUCACAGCACUCAUGAAGCUCAGCACCCGACUCCAGGGAGACAACAAUCGCAUCCGCCAGGUGGUGUCCAUCUACGGGAGCUGUGUGGACGUAGAGCUGCAGCAGCGGGCCGUGGAGUAUAACAUACUCUUCCAGAAGUAUGACCAUAUGAGAGCUGCCAUCCUCGAAAAGAUGCCUCUGGUGGAGCGCGGGGACCCUCAAGUUGAUGAGGAAGGGAAGGAGAACAAAGCAGGAGCCCAGCUCUUGGAAUCAGCAGCCCCUGUCCCCACAGAGCCACAGGCCACCAAACUCCUGGACCUGCUGGAUCUCCUAGACGACACUUCUGGGCAUGCUCAACGGCUUCCUCCUCUGGAGCCGUCCUCAGGAGAGGCCUUAGUUAAUCUCCUCGACCUUCCAUGUGCAACUCCACCCCCAGCUGCCAUCCCCAGCGUCAGAGUGUUUCAGCGAGAGGGCGUACAGCUGGAUCUGUCUUUCGUGAGGCCCCUGGAAACCCCUGCCUUGCUCUUAGUCACCGCCACCACCACCAACUCCUCAAAGGAGGAUGUCACCCACUUCGUUUGCCAGGCAGCUGUGCCCAAGAGUUUUCAGCUACAGUUACAGGCCCCCAGUGGGGACACAGUUCCAGCUCAGGGUGGCCUUCCUGUCACCCAGCUCUUCAGAAUCUUCAAUCCUAACAAGGCACCUUUGCGACUAAAGCUGCGCCUCACCUACAGCCACUUUGGCCAGCCAGUACAGGAGAUCUUUGAGGUGAAUAACUUGCCUCCAGAGACGUGGCAGUAACUUUACUGUGCUCAUUUCAUUGGCCUGUACA